AUGGCGGCGAGAGCGUCCAUGUUUAGACCCUUCAGAUAUUCCAUUGCAAUUCUGACCCUCCUGAGAUGCCUCCACGGCGCCGCAUCCAUCAUCUACAGUCCAGCGCGACCCCCAGCUGUGCCGGUGAGUGCCAGUAAACGAAGCACUCUCGAGUGUUGCUCACCGAUCCCCACAGCUCGCGGUACGAUCCCCCUAUACGAGCGCAUGGCUGUCGACGAGUAGCAUUGGGGCCUUGAACAGCAACAGCGCAUCUUUCUGGACCGGCGUCAACGUCGGCUGGGAAGGCAUCAUCACCGUGGACGGUGUCAACUACGAGUAUCUUGGCGCCAAUUGGGAGACACUCCCCAACAUCUCAUCUGCAAUCCAGACACACCUCACAUAUGACAGCCAGUGGAGCAAUUUCACCUUCACCGUCGGCCCCGUUCAGCUCAACGCCUGCUUCUUUUCUCCCGUCCUACCUCAGGAUCUCUGCCGCACGAGUAUUCCAUUGAGCUACUUGUACAUUACCUUCCAAUCUCAGGACGACGCUGCACAUGACGUCAAGUUGUACUCGGAUGUGGAUGGAUACUGGCUGGAUGGCACCGGUGGACCUGUUCUGCGAUGGGGCCUCUCUCCGAAUUGUGCAGACAUGGACUGGUCAGCUCCCAGCGACAAUACCGACCAUGUCUGUAGCUGGAUGGUCGGCCUCGAUAGGCCUGCAGUACUGAACGAGAAUGCCGACUUUGCACAGUGGGGCAACUUCUCUUACUCGACCGCCCCGGGCUCCGCGUCCAAUUUCAGCGUUGCCUCUGGAUACAGUGUCCAUGUUCGCAGUCAAUAUCUGAAGAAUGCAUCCUUGAUCAAUUCCGUCGAUACAAACUUUCGCAGCGCAUCCUUCAGAGCCCCUGUCUUUGCGUUUUCGCACGACUUCAAGUCUACACGCAACGCUAGCGCCCUCUACACCGUCGGGACCAUUCAAUUACCCGCUGUCCGGUACCUCUCAUCAGGUGGCUUGGCCGACUUGGACCCGUGGUGGACCAAAUACUAUAAUGAUACUUACAAGAUGAUCGACUUUCACUACGCUGACUUCGCCACUGCAUCAGCCAAAGGUGCUGCGUUCGAGCGUCAGCUCAAAGAUGACGUGGAAAGCUACUAUAAGGACAACUUGGCUCUUAACGCAUCCAUACCUGGCGCGGGCAGGCUACGGCGACAAGAUAUCACCAGCACUUGGAGGAAGAGUCGAGAUCAAUUCGGACAACAGUACCUCUUCGAUGUAGACGGUGCUUAUGGCUUCCUAGAUUCGAAGAAUUUCACCGGCAUCGCUGUCCCGGACGUUUCAGAGGCACACAACUACUACGCUAUAGUGGCUUUGUCUGCCCGUCAAGUCAUGGGAGCAUACACACUGACUGUUCCCCCGCCCUCGGCAGUCAAAUCCGGGGCAUUGAACGGCAGUGAGCCCAUCAUGUUCCAGAAGGAAAUCAGCAGCAAUGGCAACGUCAACACACUUGACGUACUGUAUCCCACAAUGCCAUUCUUCCUGUAUGCCAACCCGCAGCUGCUCAGAUACGCUCUUGACCCGGUGUUUCUCUACAUGGAAUCUGGAUUCUAUCCAAACGGCUGGAGUAUUCAUGACAUUGGAACCAAGUUCCCAAAUGCAACUGGGCAUGUUGCUGGCGAUGAUGAGAUGAUGCCUGUGGAAGUCUCGAGCGACAUCGUUAUCAUGGCGUUGGCAUACUACAAGUUCAGUGGCGACUCCGCUUUCCUGCAAAAGCAUUACGAGAAGAUGCAGCAGUGGGUCGGUUACCUCAAAGACAAUGCACUCAUUCCAGGCAAUCAGUUGAGUACAGACGACUUUGCGGGUCGACUUACCAACCAGACCAACCUGGCCAUCAAGGGCAUCGUAGCUUUGAGGGCGAUGUCCGUCAUCAGUGAGGUCGUCAAUGACACUGCAGCUGCUACGGAGUACAAGAACACUGCCAGCGAGUACUACAACGACUGGGAGAGCUUCGGUAUUGAUCCAUCCGAACGACACUCCGUGUUGCAAUAUCAACUUCGGUCCUCGUGGGGCUUGCUCUAUAACACGUAUCCAGACAAAUUGCUCAAUCUCGGCGUGAUCGCUGACGAGGUCUACGACAUGCAAUCGAAAUGGUAUCCUUGUGUCUCGCAGAUCUUCGGCGUGCCGCUGGACAGUCGAGGGAGUUGGACCAAGAGCGACUGGCAGAUGUGGGUCGCAGCGACCUGCUCUCCCAGCACGCGGAGGCUUUUUGUCAACGCCAUCGCCUAUUGGCUCAACACCACUGCUGCUAACGUCCCAUUUGCCGAUCUCUACGACACUGUGAGCUACGGCAACUCGCCGACCAUCAGCGGCUCUACCGUGCUUUUCGAGGCACGACCCGUCGUGGGCGGCCAUUUCAGUCUACUGGCUCUGCUGAAGGCUGGAGAGAACACGGACUCCGGAACAGGGCGCUCUGAUGGCGGAUUCGAAAUUGCCGGUACGGACACGGUCGAGGCACAGGUUGCGGACUACAUGACCGUGAGUGCUUCCGACGACAGUCAUCUUCUGGACGCACUCGCAACCCUGACGGAAAGCGUGGGGCGUUUCAAUGGAGUUAUUACGACGCCUCCUGCUCAUGCCCCUGUCAACACGGAUGAUGGAUGGACGACGACAACCAUGACGCUGAGUGCGAGGUAUUGA